AAGGCGGGAAUCACAUCGAUCGCACGACCAGCCAGCUCCAAACGGAAUCGCUCCUCCCAUCCUCUGCUUUCCCCGAAGGGCAGCUCCGCCACCGCCUCUAACCACCUCCCCCUAUAAACCAUCACCCUCCUCUAGCGCCGUGUCCCCUCGUACGUCAACGCUCAGCAGCGAUGCCGGGGCGGCGGGCGAUCGAGGUCCGGCUGCAGCCGGGCGGGGACGGCGCGGCGCCCAAGUGGCGCAUGUCGCUGCUGGAGAACACGUUCGGCGCGUUCCUGCAGCAGGGCGCCGGCGCCGACGCCGCAGCGAGGGCGGUGUUCGCGGAGGGGUCCCUCUUCAGCCCGUUCCUGCUCGGCAAUUUCUUCGACCCUGCCGACGCGUUCCCGCUGUGGGAGUUAGAGCCGGAGGUGCUGCUCGCAGCGCUCCGCCGCGGCGCCGCGAGGACCACCGUCGACUGGGCUGAGACCGAUUCCGAGUACUACCUCAGAGCUGACAUACCAGGUGGAAGGAAUUGCGACGUGGAGGUGAGCGGGGACGCCAUGAAGGUGAUCGAUAUCAGCGGGCUGUGGCGGGCGCCUCCGGCGGACGGCUGGGACUGGCGCAUCGGCCGGUGGUGGGAGCACGGCUUCGUCCGGCGGGUGGAGCUGCCGGAGGACGCGGAGUGGAGGAAAGUGGAGGCCUACUUUGACGACGGCGAGGGAUCGCUGGAGAUAAAGGUUCCCAAGAACGGUGAUGCCCACCAAGCCACUGCCUGAGAAUCGGAACCUCGCCGCCCAAUUGGAGGAGAGCAUUGAGCGAACCUUUAUUCUUCGAACAGUCGACAGAAACGGAAAAGACGGCAUAACCUUGAUAAAAAUUUGCAAGAUAUGGAGACGAAAAAGGAGCAAAGAUCAUUGCAUAUUACGAUGCAUGUCCCAGAACGAUGUAUGUAAUAUUUCAAAAGGACGAUAAGACUA